AUGAAAUGUUCAGUGAAUAGGCGGAAAAUUCAUGAAUCUAUAGCUACAGAAGACUGCCACAGUACUUACCUUGAACAUAAUCGAACAAAGGAGAAAGAUUUAGAUAAUAGUAUCGUGAAUUAUGAAGAAGAAGUGGUUGAAGAGCCUCUGGAACAACAACAACGCAGUGAACAAACUGCCGUUGAUGCAGCUCAUCUCUUAAUGGGUAUGAGUCAGAUACAAAGUUUCAAAAAACAAUCAGGUUGUGUUAAUCUAGACUCGAGUGAAGACAGUUCACUGACAGAGUCGACGAUGACGCUUAGCUUGGAGACAACAUCCUAG